UGACAAUUCAUGUAUAUUAUUGCCACAUAAGCAUCUGACUUACAGGUAAGUUCGAGUCCGAGCUAGAUUGCGAACAGGAUGUCAAUAAAAUCUUCCCUUCUGCUAGCGGUUGCCUCUAUCGUUAAUGCAAACGCCCUAUCUAAGAAUGGUGCUGCUACUAGUGCGCCGUCGAUGUGCAAUCGUGCAAGGUCUAACACUGGUGCAGCUAAGGAAACUAAUUGUUCUGGUGCUAAAGACUUUCAAAUCCGAACGUCAAAUCCAUGGCGUACCCUAUCUGUAAGUACAGUGCAGGAAGACCGCCCGGCAGACCCCAGGAUAUCCGAUUACAUCUGGGAAGAAAACGAUGAUGCGAACGGAUAUGGAGGACAUUAUGACGAAAUACAAAGUUUCGAUGCGAUCAGCACGGAUAAUGCUUCACCAUCGGACGCAGUGACUGACAAUGAUUCCGAAGCCGCAGAACAUCACACAGAUCAAAGAGUUGAUCCACGUUUAUGUUGCGUACAUGCACGGUAUAGUCGAUUACGCAAAUUCUAUUGUUUAGAGGUGGCUCUGAAAAAUCCGUCCUACUACAUUCACGAAUCGAGUUUGAUAGGCAGAUUCGAUGGCUAUAUCGUAGAGUCCUUGUUCAAUUGGUAUCCUUAUGAUAUUGACAACUACAACGGAAGUCCAAACUUGCUGACAGGGUCCAAACCUUUCCAAUACGAGGGUACUAAUGGUGUGAGUAACUCGAAGUUGCGAGAACGAAUGAACGAGCAAGGAGUAGAUAUGGUAUACAUGGAUACCUAUGAUGGAUGGGAUGAAUAUUAUGCCAACGAUGACGAGUGA